AUGGAGAGAUGUCCCAGCUCCAGUCGGCCCUGCUCCAGGGCCCGCGGCACAGAGAAUGAGAAAACAUCACCGGAUUUAUCUGCCACCAGGAUAUGGUUCCCACAGGGAGAGAAGAACCAGCCUCUUGUUAUCAUCUGUGAGGGCAAAAUAUUCCCCCGAAGGUGUUGGGCGUUUAUUAGUUACCCGACUCGGUGCCCCAGGAGCCGGCUACCCCCGGUGAUUGCGAGACUACCGGGUCCCACGCGCAGCAUCUCCUUUCCUGUCCGGCACCACUCACGUGUCUGUGUUUCCCGGCGCGUCACAGUGACGUUACUUGUGGUCACCAGACACCGCGUCAUCAGUGCGCACCUGAAUCCCAGGGUCAGAAUGGCGGCUCCGGCUGGGAGAGUUGUGCGCCAGGUGGUGCUUCUGCGCAGGAUCAGUGUCACUCCGGCCCGAGGAGCCAGCGGUGCAGGUAAGGGAUCCCCACAGUACAGAGCAAGCAAGACAUUGGUUUCUUUUCCAGUUAAAUUCUCUGCAGCUUCCCAAGAUUCAGUGACAAGUGAGGACAGAAUCAAUGUUCUCUCCAAACUCACCCGACCUGCAGCAUCCAUUGCUCUUCAGGAACUAGGAGAUCAAGGGCCAGGAGAACAUGUACCUGGUAAGAGUUUAGGACCAGAAGGGAAGCUCCACCCUGGAGAUGAAGGGUCACAGGAGAAAGUAAAGAGUGUGGGCAAUGUACCUGAGUGGGACGAGGAUUCAUCAUCCAGUUAUAGUUCUGACUCUGAAGAUGAAGGAGACAAAGGUGCACAGUUGAAGGCUGCACAUGAAGCACCAGGUGUCAAAGAGAAUGGAUUCUCCUCUGUUCACCCUGAGCCCAAAAAAUCUGAUCCUAGUGGGGAUUUGCUAAACCAGGAUGGAAUGUCUUCAGCCACAGUUCAUCCAGAAAUACAGCCAGAAGAGGGCUUUUCUGGGGACAAAACUGAGCCAUUGAUUGACCAUGCGCCUGUCAUACACGCCAAGGGAGAGACACAAGGCGAAGACUCUCCACAGAAGACUGAGGUCUCUGCUGAAAUUGUUCCAUUAGCAGAGUCACCAGAUCCUGAAGGAGCUGAGAUUGAGAGAUCUGUACCAGAUGCUGGGCCUGUGGUACAUUCAAAAUCUCAGCCAGGAGAGGAAAGCAGAAGAGAUGACUGUGAGCAACUACUGGACCAGGCGCCAGUCAUACACACUGAGGGAUUGGCACAAGAAAAAGCUCCAGAGAAGCUUGGUGCUCCAGUUGGAGAUGUUCCAUUAACUGAGGCACCAGGUCCUGAAGCAGUUGAGAUGGAGAGGUCUGGAGAAGACACCAAGCCAUCAGGGGAAGCCUCCCCAGCUGCUCAGAGCGCAGCCCCUCCAGCUGAAGUGUGUGAGGCAAAUCCUGUGGGUACAGAAGAAGAAAAUGCAUCAAAAUCAUCUGCACCUCCUCCUCCUCCUCCUGCUGCCGCUACUGCUUCGGUCCCUCCAGCUGUUCCAGUUGUGGAAGAGGCUCCGUCUGACAACUCAAAGUACCAGAACCUGCAGCAUUACUCCUACACGCCAUAUACCUUUGUGGAUUCUGACUUGGAGCUCUCAAAGUCCCGCUUACCUCAGCCUUCAGCAGGAAGACCUUCCCCUCGCCACUGAACCUGUGGCAAGCUACUAAAUGUGUGCUACUCUGUGCAAUAAAUCCUGUAUAUACCAUUA